AUGGGGAGGCAAAUGGUGAAGCAUGAAUUGAUUCCCAAUGAAGCUGCAAGGAAAGUGACAUUCAAAAAAAGGAAGGCUGGUCUGCUAAAGAAGCUGGAUGAACUGACUACUCUUUGUGGAGUUAUUGCUUGUGCAAUCAUUUUCAGUGAUUAUAGAACCAGUCCAGAAGUUUGGCCUUCUCAUUCACAAGCAGUUUCUGUACUGGAAAAAUUCAAGAAUUUACCUCCGAAAAAACAAAGCAAGUACAUGCUGGACCAGGAAUCUUUUCUCACCAGGAACAUUUCCAAGCUGACUGAGAAACUGGAGAAGCUAAAGAAGAAAAACGAAAGAAUGGAAUUGGAACUUAUUUAUGCUGAAUCCAUUGCUCGCAGUAAAGUGGAUUCUUCGAAGAAUUCGAAAGAUAAGAAUGAUUCAAGUAAUUUGUUGGAGGAAUAUCUUGAGUCCAUCAUCACCAAGAAGAAUAAGAGUGAAGAUCAGUAA